AUGCAGAAGUAUGCAGAGCAGAUUUUCGACGAGGUCGCCGCACCAAGCAUCAUUCCGCCAGUACUGAAGGAGAGCAAGGUCAUUGGGUACCGAGUCAACGGUUUCUUCCGUGAGUACGUCAUGUCACGGCCAGCGGAAGAGACUAUUUUCUUACCAGUGGAAGUUUCUGUGCUGGAGAAGCAGCGGCAUGACCGCCUGACCACACAAGGCAUAGGACAGCACCUAGCCAUCGGGAGCACCUGGCAUGAUGAAGAUGAAGACCAGAUUGUGUUCGACAGUUUGGACUUCUCACGGCUACGGUCUCUGACGGUGUUUCAAAAGUUUCGGUCAUUCUACGUCUUGGACACGAUGAGGGUGCUUCGGGUGCUGGAUCUAGAGAAUGCAUUAGGAGUAGACGAUGAUAACAUGGAGAAGAUUGGGAAGCUGUCAUCUCGUCUCAAGUUCCUCUCCCUGAGAGGACAGAGACGAAUCAGCAAGUUGCCAGAAUCCGUGGGUGACCUGUUGCAGCUGCAAACUCUGGAUAUCAGAGGCACCUCCAUCCUCACGCUGCCACCAUUCAUCACCAGGCUACGGAAGCUGCAGUACAUUCGUGCAGAUACCGCCUUUACCUCUUUGGAAAACUUUAUUAGUUAUCCCACUGGUGGUUUUAAGGUACCUAGUGGGAUUGGGAGACUGGAAGCCUUGCGAACGCUCGUUGGCGUCCGUGUAAAUACCGCAGGCGGGGGCCGCAUUUUGGAUGAGAUCGUUUCCCUUCCCCAGUUAAAGAAACUCCGAGUCUCUGGCAUCAUCCGGAAAACCAGAAGACGGUCUCUUUUCUUCUGGUUUAAUCAUUUGGAAUCCUUGUCACUGGAGUUCGAGGAAAACAACCCUUUCGUUCAUUGGGAACACAUCGGCAUUCCCAAAUGCCUACGGAGCCUAAAGAUGUACGGCCCUGUAGAGAAGCUGCCACCGAGAAUCAAGGAUUGUGUCGAUCUCAGGAAGCUGACUUUAGAGAUGGCUACACUGUUCACACCAAAUGUCAUAGAGGUCCACAGGCUCCUACCAAGCCUGCGUACUCUACGCCUUCGUGUCAACAAGGAUCAAGAUGGUGAGCUCCAAUUUCUCAAUAAAAACCUUUUCGAGAAACUCGAGGUCCUCGAGAUUGUCUCAAAAUCCAAGUUACAUGUAAGAUUUGGUGACGGAGCGAUGAAGAAGCUUGAGCAGCUGAAUUAUUUACACAACGGUUUUCAGUCAGAGAUACAGUUUUCUGGGCUAGAGCACCCGGUUUCCCUCAAGCAAGUAUGGCUUCUGCAUGACUUCCCCGACGCACUCAAGGAAUCAGUCCAGCAGCAGCUUGCCAAGCAUCCGAGCAAGCCUGCUUUGAUGGAGCUUCGUCCGCCAGCAUUAAUACAACUAAGGUUUCUCUGA